CCGGUUGAGACUGAGUGCUUGUUGACGUCAGCAAACUUAUCCAGCAGCUGUAGAGGAGCUGAGGAGGAGGAGGAGGAGGAGAGGGACUGAGACUGCUGGAUGUGGAGCUCUGACUGUGGAGCGCCGAGGACCGUGGGCUUUUUUUUUUCUUCGGGACUGUUCGGACUUCUUCUCGCUCCAGUAAGAUGCAGCACUAAUGAGCACCCGUCAGCCUUUAGAUGAGUGAAGCACAACAAAGAAACCUGAACAUCAACAGUCCACACAGUGACAGUGGAAUAUAGGCAGAUACUCCAGAGGGACCUCGGAGACGCACAUUUUCCACUAUGAACCGCGCCUUCAACAGGAAAAAAGAUAAAUCAUGGAUGCACACCCCGGAAGCUCUGGCCAAGCAUUACAUACCCUACAAUGCCAAGUUCCUUGGAAACACAGAGGUUGAAGCCCCGAAAGGCACAGAAGUUGUGAAGGAUGCAGUCAGAAAGCUAAAGUUUCAGAGACAUAUCAAGAAGUCAGAGGGUCAGAAGAUCCCCAAAGUGGAAUUACAGAUCUCCAUUUAUGGCGUGAAGAUACUAGAUCCCAAGACAAAAGAUGUGCAGCAUAACUGUCAGUUACACAGGAUAUCCUUCUGUGCAGAUGACAAAACCGAUAAAAGGAUAUUUACUUUCAUCUGCAAAGACUCAGAGUCCAACAAACACCUCUGCUAUGUGUUUGACAGUGAAAAGUGUGCGGAAGAGAUAACUCUCACCAUUGGUCAGGCCUUCGACUUGGCCUACAAGAAGUUCCUGGAGUCUGGAGGCAAAGAUGUGGAAACCAGGAAACAGAUCGGAUCCCUACAGAAAAGAAUUCAAGAACUGGAAACAGAAAACUCUGAGCUGAAGCAACAGCUUCAAGAUCUUGAAGAGCAGCUGAUGAUCGCUCACGUGCCACCACCGCUGCACAUAAACGCAGCUAAUGAAGCGUACAUGCUGCAGAGGCCCUCCGCUCUCUUCUGGUGUCACAGCAUCAAGUCGCUCUCCUGUCUGGAGAUCUCCUCUGUCACACUCACUCCUAUGAGUUCGCCGGAGUCCAACUUGUCCAGCGGGCUACUAACUCCUCCUCCUGCCAAACCUGCUCUACUUCCUCCUAAGCCUACUGAGGGAUGCAGCAUCCCGCGGCCUCGCGCAGGGAGCAUCUCCAUGAAACCACAGUCCACAGAUGUUUUCGACAUGGUUCCCUUCUCACCUGUGACACCACUGGUGCCCACAAUGGCCAGUAAUGGCUGCCCACCACCACCACCAACCACAUUACCACCAGACAUAAGGAAAGACCUGUUUGGGGCUGAGCCGUUUGAUCCGUUCACCUGUGGGUCAGCUGAUUUCCCGCCAGAUAUUCAGUCAAAGCUGGAUGAGAUGCAGCGUCAGAGAUGGAGGGGUUCAAAAUGGGACUAACCUUAGAGGGCACCGUCUUCUCUCUGGACCCGCUCGACAGCCGCUGCUGAUGCCAAGAAGAUGCUCUUUGUUGCGUACUUUUAACUCGUUUGUAUGAAGAAGUGCCAAAAUCCACUGCUAGGGUUGAGUCAAGAUGUCACAGUUUUCAUCUUGAUGUUUAUAUGCAUUUGCAUUUAGAUUGGUUUUUCGAUAUUUCAAGGUAAACCCAGAUCCAUUAUAGAAAAGAACUAUUUUUGUAAAAAAAAAAAAAAAAGAGAGAGUACUUUUGCUUGCACAGGCAAUGAGAGAUGUAAAUAUCGGAAUAUGUCCAAUGGUACACUCUGUGGCAGAAUUUUCAUAUGAGACCGUUUGUGUGUAUGCACCAUUUGAAUUCUGUAUUGUUAACACAUUCCUGUUUGUAUGCCAAACACAAGCUGGCAAAGAAAUUAAAUGGAAUCUGUAUCGUUAAUGCAAACUAUCAGCUUGCCCGUAACAUCACAUAGCUUACUUUACACACCAUUAAAUCACACAUUAUGUAGCUAAUAAUCCAGUCUGAUAUUUUUUUGGCUUAGUGACCUUUCCAUCAUUUGUUUUGGACAUGAAUUGUUUUUGUUUAUUUUUUGUUUGCAUUUCAUAAGUAUGAGUUGCCGUUUCAGUAUUAACUUGUCAUAUUUUUUACUUUUUCAUCUUUUUAAUCUCUUUUCUUGCACCAGAAGGCACUUUUUUGGACAGCCUCUGUCCAUAUACAGUAACUCUUCCAUUAUUUUACUUUUGGUUGCAUUGACUUUGCUGUUACCGAUAUUAAAGAAAAUCUUACUGGAAAAACAAA